AUGACGGAUAUAGUUAAAGCUGGAUGGUUACAACGUCGUACAACAAUAUUAAAGAAUUGGAAACGUGAAUGGUUUGUUUUGACAAGAGAUGCUCGUCUUCGUCGUAUGUCAUCUCCUCAAAAACAUAAUGAUAAAGCUGAUGAAGUUUUCGAAUUAAAUCGAUGUCGAGAAAUACGUUUUGGUUCUGAACAUAUAGCUAAGACUAUAGAACCACCAACUGAUUCAACACGCGAACAAUUAAUGGAAAUUGUGCCUGGUUCAGGUGAUACAUGGACAUUAUGUGCUGAAUCAACAGAUGAUUUAUUUGCAUGGCAAACUUCUUUCGAUGAUGUUCGUCAAUUAUAUAUUGAACGUAUGCAACAAUUACAUGCUCGAUGGACUAAUACACAAAUUCCACCAAAUCGAUAUAAUUAUACUUAUUAUCAAAAUAUUUAUGGUGAUAGUAGUGAUUCACCUCGAAUUUAUGAAACAUCUAAUGGACCAGCACCUAGAGUUAUUGUUGUUGAUCGAGAUCCACACUAUAGUAGGGGUGGUGAUGCCGCAGCGGGAGUUAUGACAGGAAUGGCGCUUGGCACUCUUAUGAUGUGGCCAAUGUUUUUAUUUCCAUUGAUGUGGUGUUAA